AAACUAGCAAAAAAAAAAAAGCAAAACUUGAGAGAUGAGUUUCAUAUCAAAAUGUUUUAUUUGCCUGUUAUUCUCAACAUAUUUUCUACCUCCUGUGAACUCAGCUGUCCUUCAAGUUGGAUUUCUAGCCGCAAACGAUAAUACGACGGAAUUGGCUCCAUUUAUUGGAUGGGGACAGGUCGCUGGAGCGCUCGGAGUUGCAUGGAGCAGAAUUGUUGAAUAUGGACUUUUACCAGGAUAUGAAACUAUGAACCUAACAUGGGUGUUAACUAACUGUCGAGAAGCGGAUGCAGUUGGGUCAGUCAUCAAUUAUGCGGAGGGUCAUGCUCAUGUAGUGCUAGGACCCCCAUGUGUUAGACCUGCGCAAGUUGCCGGGUCUGUAGCGAAAUAUCUGGACUUUCCUUUGAUAUUGUGGGGCCCACCGUUUGAUUCAAGUCUUUUAAAUCAGUUCGAGUAUCCAACAAUUGCAUCAACCACAUCGAGCACUUUGUACCAAGCGACGUCUUUGAUACGACUGCUCGAGUACUAUAAAUGGACGGAAAUUGCGUUGAUCUACUACGUGGCAAGAUCAGAUCUUAUUCCUCGCUGUACGCCGUUGAUAUCUGAUUUCGAGGGACUGGUCAAUAAUAACGAUAACCUAACAAUCACAUACAGAAGGCAAAUGAGCGUGAUUACCAACACAAGCUAUGCAACUGCUCUCAGAAAUUUAAAAGAAUUGGCAAGAGUUGUUAUUGUCUGUUUGGAGUCUGAUGAAGCCCGACGUAACCUUAUGAUUUCAAUUUCUGAAAAUGGAAUGGACGGGGAUGAGUAUGUGUAUAUUAUGGCAGAAUCUAGACGAGCAGGAUUUGCUUCGUCGUUUUGGAACGGAACCGAUGGAAAAAACGAUUUAGCACUUCGAGCCGCCCGAAAGUUCCUCGUGAUGGAUAACCAAAAAUACAAUGAUACUACAACAUUUGUGCAAGAAGUUCGAGCCGCCUUUUCUAGACCGCCAUUUAGUUGUCCCAAUUGUACAAAUAUAGAUCCAACGGUGUCACAAGUUGGACCAUUAGGUGAUGCUCUACUUCUCUAUGCCUAUGCAUUGAAUCGUUCCAUAGCAACUGGAAACCCUAAUCCAACGGGGACCGAAUUUUGUGAAGUUGCGAAAGGAAUGGAAUUUUUAGGUUUCACUGGAAAGGUCAUAAUUAAUCAGAAUAGCACUCGUACCCCACUAUUUGUUGUCUAUAAUUUGGACUCAACUGAUAAGGAGAUGAUUGUGAUGCAGAUAACAGAAGAUCUAGAUGAUUCGAAGGAUCCGGUAGCCUCAAGCGUGAAUUACUAUAUAACGUUGGUUGCUACACCUGCUCAAAUUUGGGACACAUGGGGUGGAACCGUGCCUCUUAGUACUCCAAUCUGUGGUUUCACUGGAACAGAUUGUCCAAAAUCUUUCACUGACCAAUAUUUGGCAAUUAUUUUGGGAUGUACUGCAGCUGCAUUGGUUUUGAUAAUUGCUGUAAUUUCUACAAUUGUAUUUUUAGUAAGAUCAAAACGGCAAGAGGAGGAAAGACUGAAUCAAUUGUGGCAGGUUCACUUCUCCAGUUUAGUCAAACCCCCUCAAAAAAACACAAUGCACAGCUCCCGAAGUCUUCAAUCUACAGUGACCACAAGCACAAAAGUGACAAUCAAUUCAAAGAAAGACACAGAACGACACAGUUUCUAUUUUUUGAAUAAUGAUUCCGUUGUGGCAAGAAAACAUAAUUUCCGUGCAACUUUUACCAAAAAUGACAGAGCUAUGUUCAGAAAAAUGCGAAAUGUGGACAAUGACAACUUGUGUAAAUUCAUCGGGUUAUCUCUUGACUCACCAACUUUGAUUUCCAUUUGGAGAUAUUGUUCAAGAGGAUCACUUCAAGAUGUUAUAGCUAAGGGCUCACUUCAAAUGGAUUGGUUUUUCAAAUAUUCUCUAAUGCGUGACGUCGCAGAUGCUAUCUAUUACCUUCAUCACUCUCCAAUUGGACCCCAUGGCUGGUUGAGCUCUUCUACAUGUUUAGUUGAUGAAAGAUGGCAGGUAAAAGUCAGUUUCUUUGGAUUGUCCGCAAUCAAACAGUAUGAAGUGAAAGAACAAAGAGAUUUUCUACAUACGGCACCAGAGCACAUUAGAGAUACGAAUUUACCUAUCACAAAAGAAAUGGAUAUCUACUCAUUCGCGAUAAUUUGUUCUGAACUGAUAACUAAGAAAAGCGCUUGGGAUCUUGAGAACGAAACAUUCGAUAUUGAGGAGUUGGUUUAUAAAAUUAAAAAAGGAGGCAGAAGCCCUCCAAGACCAUCCUUGGAAACUGAAGAUGAACACAAUGGAAGCAUGUCGUUACUGGUUAGAGAUUGCUGGAACGAAAAUCCUGAUCAACGGCCAACAAGUGAACAAAUCAAGACUUUAAUGAAGAGUAUGAAUCAUAACCGUUCGUCUAAUUUGAUGGAUCACGUUUUCAAUGUACUGGAACAAUAUGCAUCUAAUUUGGAGGAUGAGGUUCAAGCCCGGAUGAAAGAAUUGACUGAAGAGAAAAAGCGAAGUGACGUUUUACUAUACAGAAUGUUGCCUAAACAAGUGGCUGAAAAAUUGAAACUUGGGCAAUCAGUAGAACCUGAAACAUUUGACUGUGUCACCAUCUUCUUUUCCGAUGUCGUAUCAUUUACGACAUUAGCCUCAAGAUGCACUCCACUUCAAGUAGUUAAUCUUUUGAAUGACUUGUACACAACUUUCGAUGCAAUCAUUGAACAACAUGACGUUUACAAGGUAGAAACAAUUGGUGAUGGAUAUUUAUGUGUCUCCGGUUUACCACAUCGUAACGGAAAUGAACACGCAAAAGAAAUUUCAUCAAUGUCCUUCUCCCUUUUGAAAGCCAUAAAAACAUUCCGUGUACCCCAUUUGCCAAAGGAACGAAUAAACAUUCGUGUUGGAUUACAUACAGGACCAGUCGUAACAGGAGUUGUUGGAAUGACUAUGCCUAGAUACUGUUUGUUUGGGGAUUCCGUUAAUACUGCAAGUAGGAUGGAAAGUAAUGGAAAACCUGGUCGAGUGCAUAUAAGUACAGAAUGCAUGAAGUUCCUAACAGAAGUUAUAGGUGGUUAUCAAACAGAGCCAAGAGGAGAAGUGAUUGUCAAAGGAAAAGGUGCAGUUCAAACGCAUUGGUUAUUGACAGAUGAUGAAAUAGAGGCGAAGGAGAAUGGAGAAUCUAUCUAACCCAUUAUUAGUGAUUUAUCCAAUUCUUUCAUAUCACAUGUUCAAUGAUAAAACAUUAUUCCUACCAAAAAAAAAACUAAUUUCAACCAGCGCCAACAUCUUUCGCCGGCUAUCAUAUUCUUUCCCCGUCAUAUUAUUUUCACCCGCUUUCGAUAUAUUCAUAUCAGCGAAGCGAAUCUCGGAACAGGAAUUCAAAGAGAGAACAUGCGCACUUUCUCUUCUAUUCAUAUGCUAUUGUUUGAUGCCAUUAUUAAAUAUAUAAUUCAAUAAACAUUGUUUUCGGAAUA